AUGAAGAAGACAAAGGUAUGGAGGAGGAAGAAAUACCCAUCCAUCAAAGCAUUGCCAAAGAGACACAAAAAAUAUGUGGAGAAACAUAAUGAAAUCCCAAAAGUUGUUCAACCUUUACCCAAUAUAUCUCUUCUAUUUCCCCAACGCCUCAAAAAAAAGAAUGAGGAUGAGAAGUUCAAGAAAAAUUUAUCGGUGUUCAAGACAUUAUCGAUUAAUAUCCCUCUAGUGGAAGCAUUGUUGGAGAUGUCGGGUUAUGCCAAGUUCAUGAAAGAGCGAGUCACCAAGAAAAUAAGCUUGGACUUUGAAACAAUUGAAGUUUCUCAUAGUUCUAGUGCAAUUAUGACUAAUGAGAAAAUAAAAAAGAAAGAAGAUCCCAGAGCCUUCACCAUUCCUUGCACUAUCGGUAUGCUCAAAUUCGCCAAGGCUCUAUGUGAUUUUGGAGAAAGUAUAAACCUAAUGCCAUACAAAAUCUAUAAGCAACUUGGAUUGGGUGAACCAAUGUCCACAACAAUGAGGAUUUUGAUGGCAUAUCGAUCUAUCAAGCAUCCUGUAGGGAUACUAUAUGACAUAUUGUUAAAGGUUGACCAAUUCAUUUUCCCGGCUGAUUUUGUCAUUCUCGAUUGUGAGAUAGAUGCUGAAAUUUUCAUUAUUUUGGGAAGACCAUUCUUGGCAACUGGGAGAGCGUUAGUGGAUGUUGAAAGCAGAGAAUUGAAGUUCCAGGUGAACGAAGAUGAAGUAACUUUUGAUGUUUGUAAGUCAAUGAAGCACCCAACUGAUAUUCAUGUGGUCUCUACUAUUGAUGUUAUUGAUGAGUCGGUGGCUAGUUUGAGCCAUUUGAUAUGUAUUAGUGAACCACUUGAAGUUGUGCUUGCUAACUAUGAUGAGUUCGAAGUUUAA